AUGUUGAUUCUGAAGUCUAUGAUCAAUGUGAUAGAUAACUCGGGUGCCCAGAUCGUGGAAUGCAUCAAGGUUCUCGGGAAAAGACCCAAGGGGUUCGCCUCGAUCGGUGACAAAGUUGUUGUUGUUGUUCAGAAGGCCAAGCCCAUUCAGCCUGGUGUGACCGGAAACGCCCUCUCCCAUCGUGUGAAGAAAGGUGACAUCUGUCGUGCUGUGAUAGUGAGAACCAAGAAGCACCAGAUAAGACCAGAUGGUUCGGUCAUAAGGUUUGACGACAACGCAUGUGUGUUGAUCAACAAGAACGACGAGCCAAUAGGAACCAGAAUUUCGUCGGUGGUGGCCAAGGAGUUGAAGGAGAAGAACAUGAAUAAAAUUCUAUCGCUUGCGCCAAAGGUUGUUUGA